UCUGGAAAUCUCAAUCUGAAUCUGUGCAUGGUGGGUGUGGCUAUGACGAGCACAAGUGGAACCUCAACGUUAGCUUCAUCGUCCACAUUGGAUUUCCCGGUCUCUUUUUCAUCAUCUUCUCCCAAACAAACCAAGAAAAUCCUUCCAACUUCAAUCUCUUUCCCCGCAAGAACUCAUCAAAAUUUCCCCAGACAGUUCUUCAUUUCCCUUGGAACUUCACACCAUAACAAGUUCCCCAAGCCAAAUGGGUCAAAUUUUAGUGUAUUAUUCAGUUCACUCAAACAGGGCCCUUCCGUAGAUGAUGCCUCAAAAACCAAUGCGCCCCAGAUUGAGGUCAAAACCAGUAAGUGGCAGUGGAGAGGUUACUCGAUCUACUAUCAAUAUUCUGGGAACACUGGUCCUGCACUCGUUUUAAUUCAUGGUUUUGGAGCAAACAGUGACCAUUGGAGGAAAAACAUUCCAGUUCUAGCACAAUCACACCGGGUGUUCUCGAUUGAUCUUAUUGGUUAUGGUUACUCAGACAAGCCAAACCCUCGGGAACUUGUAGAUCCAUUCUACACCUUUGAGACAUGGGCUAGCCAGCUCAAUGACUUUUGCAAUGAUGUUGUGAGAGACAAAGCCUUCUUUAUCUGCAAUUCCAUUGGAGGAGUAGUUGGUCUUCAGGCUGCAAUCAUGGAGCCUCGGUUCUGUAAGGGCAUUGUUCUUUUAAAUAUCUCUCUUCGCAUGCUGCAUAUAACGAAGCAACCUUGGUAUGGAAGGCCUUUCAUUAGAUCAUUUCAGAACUUGCUGAGGAAUACAGAAAUUGGAAAGUUGUUCUUUAAAGCUGUUGCCACGCCCAAAUCAGUGAGGAGCAUUCUUUGUCAGUGCUACCAUGACACGUCCCAGGUGACAGAUGAAUUAGUAGAAGCUAUUCUUCGUCCAGGACUUGAACCUGGUGCUGUAGAUGUUUUUCUUGAGUUUAUUUGCUACUCCGGAGGGCCUCUUCCCGAAGAACUACUGCCCCGAGUGAAGUGCCCUGUUUUAGUGGCUUGGGGUGACAAGGAUCCAUGGGAGCCCCUAGAGCUUGGAAGGGCAUAUGGCAAAUUUAACACAGUUGAAGAUUUCAUUGUCCUCCCCAACGUUGGCCACUGUCCUCAGGAUGAGGCACCCCAUCUUGUAAACCCGCUUGUUGAGUCUUUUGUGUCUCGCCAUGCUGCAAGUGUUGAAGAAUGAAGAUCAGAGGGAAAAACUUGUUGAUUUAUGGCCAAGUCAGUAUGCUAUACCUUCUGCCUCAAAAGGGGUACAAACCAGGCUAAUGUUUAUACAUUAAAAGAUAUUUGGAAGUGGUUUAAGGUGAACAAUGGAAUAUCAUGAUCUUGGUUUAUUAUGAUUUCGUAAUAGGUAUGUUAGGAUAUAACAAGGAUGAUCUUCAUGCUCUUCAAAUAAUAUAAAUAUCCAAAAAAUUCCUUUCAA